CCUCGGGCCCGGCGCUGCGCAUGCGCGCCGCGGCCGCGGCGGCGCUUUCCGGGAAGAUGUCGGUGGCGUGGAGAGCGGCGCUGGCGGCGGCCGCCCGAGCCCCGCUGCGGGGGCGGCUCGCCGGGAUGCGGCCCCCGCGCAGCCAGCGCCGUCCGCCCGCGUGGGGAGCCGCCGCCGCCGCCGCUCUGGCCGGGGGAGGCUGCCUGGCGGCGUGUUACGGCGGGCGCAUGUUCCCCACGGUCCUGGCUCAGAAAGAAGAUGUCAUUCAUGCAGAUGUGGAUGAAAGACUGUCUCUUCGAAAGCACCGCUUCAUGCAUUUUGCAUCACUGGAAUAUGAAGGAGAGUAUUACAUGACACCAAGAGAUUUCUUGUUCUCAGUAAUGUUUGAUCAAGUUGAACGCAAAGCCUCAGCCAAGAAACUGACAAAAAAGGAGGUAGAUGCUGCACUGGUGUAUGUUGCCAAAGCUAAACCAGGACCGAACUUUUUUAGAGAGCUUGGUGAUAAAGGGUUGAUAUCUUAUGCAGAGUAUCUGUUUUUGCUGACAAUUCUCACAAAGCCCCGGACUGGACUUCAGAUUGCCUUUAAAAUGUUGGAUGCAGAUGGCAAUGAACAAGUUGAAAAGAAAGAAUUCUUUAAGCUACAGAGAAUCAUUGGGAAGGAAGAUGACUUGAAAGCAGCUGGAGACGAAACUAUUCUUCGGGACACAGAACUGGACAGCUGUGGUGUUAAUACCGUGUUGCUGGUGCAUUUCUUUGGAAAACAAGGAAAGGACAAACUUCGCUUUUCCGAGUUUUUCAGAUUCAUGGAAAAUCUGCAAACGGAAGUCCAAGAAAUGGAAUUCAUCAAGUUUUCAAAGGGUAUGAGCUUCAUGAGAAAAGAAGACUUUGCAGCAUGGUUGCUGUACUUCACUGAUGAGGAAAACAAUGAAAUUUACUGGCAGAAUGUGAAAGACAGAAUCGAAGCAGGAGAGAACAUCAGUUUGGAAGAAUUCAAGACUUUUUGCAAGUUUACAAAUAAUCUGGAAGAUUUUUCUAUCGCCAUGCAGAUGUUUACUGUAGCCAAUCGUCCUGUCAAGCGGGCUGAGUUCAAGAGAGCAGUGAAGGUGGCAACAGGACAGGAUCUGUCAGAUAAUGUUUUGGAUACCAUCUUCAAGAUUUUUGAUCUAGAUGGAGAUGACUGCCUCAGCCACAGCGAGUUUCUUGGAGUCCUGAGGAACCGAAUUCAUCGAGGUUUGAGGGUACCACAGCAGCAAGGCAUGCAAGGUUUCUGGAAGUGUGUGAAAAAAGAAAGCAUUAAAGAAGUCAAAGAACUGUGGAAGCAAACUGGGAAAAGUCCUUUUUAAAGCAGUCCAUUUUUCUUUUGCUUAAGUGGUUUUUCUCUAAGGGAGUUUGUCUUUCCUGUUUACAUAAUAACUAAAUCAAAAAUGCUCUUCUUCUUUUUUUUUUUUUUUUUUUUUUUUUAGCUAUAGUUAAAGUUUAAUUAACACAGACUCUAAUGCAAUAAUUUUACAAUUGUUCCAGUGCAAUCAGUUUGGUUUACAGAACUGGUACCACUUUUGACCUCCAAAGAGAAGUACUCUUGUUCUGGGGAAUAGUGGUGUUUACUACUCUGUGGAGUCUGACCCUGCACUGUAGGAUACAGGAUGCACAGGAUUGAAAAUGGCCCCAGGCAAGGAGUCACAGCAGUAUCAUCUCCUGUAGAAGGAGUGAGCAUCAUCUCAGCCACUAACACAGCAGCUCUCCUUCUUCAGCAAGGGCAGAGGUCCACAGGGCACAAUGCAUUUUAAACCAAGAUAUCCUAAAUCAAAAAGUAAAUUUCACACCUCAUUAUGGCAGUCUGCUCAUGGGCUGGUUCCUGGUGCUGGAUUCCACCAGUUCCUAUGUGGAUGUCUGGUAUAUCUGCUUCAGGGUGUUAAUAUUAAACUGGAAAUACAAGACUGAUAGGCUCGAUGCAGGUUUUAAAAGCUGUGAUUGAUCAGUGAGUGUGCAUUGAGUGUCUCAGACCUCUUCCACAUAGUAUAAAUGAGAAGAAAAAAAUCUUAAUUCUGUCAAACACAGUGGUAGCUACAGUUUGACUCAUGAUUAUUAUGCUUUAAUUGUAUUACAGAAGAUGAAUGCAUAACAAGUUGUUGUUUUAUCUCACUAAAGGUUGUGACAGGGAAACCUGAAGUAUCUCAGGAAUUCAAGGUUAUAAUAAGCCAUUGUUGAGGUAAUAUGUCCAAUAAAAAACCAAAUACAAAUGUUUAUUACUCCAAAUGCAAAGUUAGACCUAAGAUCUUAGACACUAAAAGGAAGAACAAAUCAAUACUAACAAUUAGAAAUUACAGAUGAACAUUUUUUAGCAAUAGCAUAAGGUGCAUCUCUGUGUACACAGGUGUGCACAUUACAUGUUGUCUUUUUUACAAUCCCAGGAGCCAGUAGCCAGGUCCAGAUCACUCUUCCUGGCUGGCCACAGUAUAUAGGAGAUAGACUUAUCUGUAAAGCUGUAAAAGGUCCUUUCUCUUUGUCCCUCUCAGUUGUCUGACUGGUCUUGGCUGGGUGAAAGCAUAACCUUUCAGGACAGGUUUGUGAUAACAGAGAUAAUAGACUCAAAAGGUGGACUAGGGAGAUGUCUCAAGAAAAAUAACCAAGAAAUCUCACCACUCAGUGAGCUAAUAUCCAUCUGUUUAGCAUUACAACAAAGAUGUUUUCCUCAAAGUUUAAAUAAGCUCAACGUGUGGUGCUUGGAGGUCAUUUCUUUGGGUUUUGUGAGAAGAGGGGAAAUUUCCAUGGUAGGUAAGAUAUUGGGGCAGCUCUCACUCAGUGCAGGGACAGGAGAGAAUGCACUGGGAAACCGUAAAGGUCCUGCCUAAGGAAUACUGAGAUUACUGAGAAUCUGUUUGAUGUGUUGGUAGCUGUCACAUUUGUGCUGAGGACAAGUCCAAGUGCCCAAGCCUUGGCAUGGUGACCUCUCCUAGGGAACACAGUGAGAGGCCAGCAAAGCAACUCUUCCUCAUGGCCUCAGCUUGGAGCUUUCAUCUAAAGUUAAAAAAAAUUGUUAAAGAGAAAAUGCUUGUAGUCCUGUCAUGGACAUGUACCCAGAACAAGACCAUGGCUGUGGGGAUGUCCUGAGACUGUGUGGAGGAUCAGGUACCAGUGACCAUCAAGGAUCCCUUUUCCCCCAGGAAAAAAUCCAAAUGGAAUUAACCAUGUUGGGAGAAUCCAAAUGCAGUAAACACCUCAGCCUCGUCCCCUGAAACUGAGCUCAUGCAGUGCUAUGUGUGCAGCAGGAUAGCAGGUGGCUGGUUUACUUUGUGUGUGUGGAAAUUGUUUGUUGCUUCUGGUGGUGGGAGCAAAGGUGGGGCAGUAGGACUGGCACCACAGUACCACAGCCAGCUGCACUUCACCAAAUUAUCAGAAAAAAUGGCACUAUUGAAAAAGAGCUUCCAUGGCACAAAAGUGUGUGUGUGCACCCAAAGUGUGCUUUGUGCCAGCUCUGCUUUAAUGCAAGGCUGCCUUUUAUUUGUUGCUGUUAAUAUUUUGGCAAAUCAUUUUUACUCUGGAGUGGAAAUUACUCCCUAAUAUUUUAUUCUGUGUGAAGUUGUGUUUUUUAUUGCUUUUGUGGUUUCUUUUGUUUACUAAUUAUUUCCUUCUUACAAGCUGUUUGGAUUUCUCUUGGAAAAAUCAACUCAUUUAUCUUUAGUGUAUCUAGAAGUUUAAUUCCUCAGUGCUUAUUUCUAUCUGGGUUUGUGCAAUCAGCAGUAUCUGCUUUCAGGGAUUUCAAGUUUUAUCUUUCAGCAAAAGCUUUGGUGUAAAGUUCAGAGGAAAAGCAAAGAGAUAUGCUUGGGCUUUUUACGAAUUUUGUGUCUACAGUAAAAAAAAAAAAAAAAAAAAAAAAAUUUGAUUGGAAAUUAAAAUAGGCUAAUGAAUCAUUUUCAGAGGUUAUCCUGAAAGUGCAGCCAGGAAGGAACUCCUUUAAAGGCCAGAGAUGACUUGUCCAUCAGGCUUGAAGAAUCAGACUAUGUGUUUAAUUUGUAAGUUUAUUUUUAUUUGUCAACUCAAAUGCUUUAUAAAACAGUCUUAAAAUAAUUUCUCAUUUUUAGUAUCUUAGAUUGAAGGAGAUAUUUAUGUAUUUAGAUAAACCCUGGUUUUUAAGAAAUUUUUUAUAGUUUAAGUGUUUGAUGUUUUAGUUCCUUUUAGUCACUGUAUGAUAUUUGCAGCCUGUCUGUGAGCAUACUAAACACAAUUUAGUUAAGGCUUUUACCAGCUACCAGUCUAAACAUAACAAUUGUGACUUGUUUUAACAUUAAGAAUUCUUCCUCUGAACAGAAAUAUACAGAAAAGCUAAAUAAAAUUGAUUUUUUUUUAAUCUACCACAUUGCAUCUGAAUUUUACAUGGAAUAAAGAUGAAGACAUUGCACAUUGCAGAAGUCUCAAAAAUUGAUAAAACAUAUCAAAAGAAUGCACAAAAGUAAGUGUAGUCACAGCAUAUAACUCCAUUACAGAAUUUUAGUUGUUGUAUCCUCAUAAUAGGACUUUUUUACAUUUCUUUGUUUACUUUAAGAUAAUGUCGAAGAACCAUUUAUUCUUCAUUUCCAAAGGAAGCAAGGGCAAAAAUAUAGUGUAGUAUACUAGAAGUAACAGAAACUCAUUGAUUGUUUCUAGAAAUUAAUUCUGGUGUCUCAGUUUGUACAAGUCCCUUUCUAAAUGUAAAAGUCCCUCUGGAUUCCAACCAAGUUGGCAGGUUUUAACAAAACAGGCAACAAUGAGGAGUACAUGUUCUGCAUAGCAGACAAACAGCCAGGCCAUGGACUGUGGUUUCAUGGCACUUCACAUGUUCAGUGCAUAGAAUGAAAAAAGAAUCAGUGCCCAAUAAAGGGCAAGAAUGGGAACAACCCUGUUGCUUAGAGGAAAUAUAAAAUUCAGUAUAUUGACCAUACUUCAACUAAAACAUAGAAAUGGAUUGAUAAGUGUACAUCAAACUUUAAAAAUACAGUUUUCUUCUCAUGCUGGAGUUCACACAGGAGAGGGCAAGCAUGCCUCAUACCUUCAGUUUUAAUUUUUCCUGUAAAAUAGUCACAGCUGGGUCAGGAAAGUAGUCCAAUGCAGAAAAAAACCUUCAGUCACUCUAAACAGAAAAUACAUGCCCAAAUGAUGUUGUGGUCGUUAUUACUGAGAUCGAAGUUGCCCCAACAGCUCCUGUAAUGCAGUUGGUCAAGGGAAGCAUGAAGAUGAGCCUGGCAGAUGUAGACACACUCUUCUAGUGCCCAGCUGGCUACAGAAGCUGAUGUCAUCCAACAAGAAGCCAAAAGCCCUUUGCAGAACAGAAAACCUGAGAGACUUAAGCAUGCACAGAAUUAAUCAGCAAAAAAGUGCAUGUCUCUUCAUUCAUUUAUUUGAAUGUUUCCUGUUGCCUUUGUUUAUUAAACACUUCCUAGUUGAUUCAGUAAUAUUAAAAAAAAAAAAAUCAUACAACAUAUGUGUAGACAGAUUUCCCAUUAGGCUGGUGUUGGCUUAGUUAAUAGUAUUUCCAGUUCAUUAACUGGAGUGCCCUAGUGCAGAGUUCUGCUUGCUGUCCUCGGCAGCCCGCUGCUGCUCCUGCACUCUGGCACCACAGGGAGCCUGCUCAGCACUGCCCUACCUGCAUGGGCUUAGCCACAGCACCUCCUUUGAGGAGUCAAAUGCCGUGUUUUUCCUCACCUGUGUGCCCACUCUGAGUUUAGAUUGGAUACUCAGAUAAAGGGUUGUCAAGCACUGAAGGGCUGCCCAGGGAGGCGCUUGUGUUAUUAUCCCAGGUGUUGAAAAGAUGUGCAGAUGUGGCCCUUGGGGACAUGGUUUAGUGGUGGUAGACAUGGCAAUGCUGGGUUAAUGGCUGGAGCUGAUGGUCUUGGAAAUCUUUUUUAAAUGAUUCUGUGAUUCUCUUCUGCCUCUGGCAGAAGGCUGGCCUGCCUUUCCAGGCUGACCAAAUGGAUGGCAUCAAGGUGUGGGAGAAUGGACACAACACCUUGCAGAACACUGGUUAUGGCUGGGUUUAUUUGGCCAGAUUUCAGACAGGCUGAUUUGAAAAGCUGGGAGGAGGAGUAUUCCAUGGGUCAUUCAGAGGAAUGUGUGGGAGUUUUUCUUUUGGGAUUUCAGAUGCUAGCUCACUGCUCUGAAAUAGCCUUGAAGGGCCUGGGCUGUCUCCAUGGGCUGCGGAGGAAGCACAGAAGAUGAGCCUCGCUGGACUAAACCUUCCACUAGCACUUUCCUGGAGAAAGGAUGUUCUGCAAAGAUGUUCUGCCACAACACUAUGCCUCAGGUCACCUGCUUCAGGGGAAAUUUGCCAGUUUUAAUUUUAGCCCAUAGAGCAACUGGUAGCUCUAAAUCCUCCCAAAGAAAACCAGUUGGUUUAAUGUAAGAAUUUUCAAUAAAGUGUUUUAAAAUUUU